AUGGAGGAAUUCUGCCCAUUACAUAGGAGAAAUCACAGUCUAAAUAAAUGUCGAGCAUUCAAAUCAAAAAGUAUUAGUGAAAGAAAGCAAUUUCUGAAAAAUAAUAGAAUUUGUUUCAAGUGUUGUGAUUCAAAUAGGCAUCAAGCAAAAGAGUGUCGUAUUUCAGUAAAAUGUAGUGAUUGUGGUAGUUCAAAUCACACUGGUGCUAUGCAUGUGGCAAGUUCAAGUCCUCCACAACAGAAUGGCGGGGAGCGAGAAGGAACAAAUGAUACUGUUCAUAACAAAUGUACACAGAUUUGUGGCAACGGACAUGGAAAAUCUUGUGCUAAAUUUGUACUAGUUAAUGUUUUUAGUUCUGAAAACCCAUCGAUUGUUGUCAAAUGUUAUGCAAUGUUAGACGAACAAAGUAACAGGUCACUUGUUAAACCAGAGUUGUUUACACUUUUAGAUAUAGAUAGUCAAGAGUUUGAGUACACACUAAAUUCUUGCGCUGGCACACAUGUUACACGUGGUCGCCGAGCCUCUAAUUGUGUCAUUCAGUCCGUAGAUGGUUCUGUUAGUUACGACUUGCCCACACUCAUUGAAUGUUCAGACAUCCCAAACAAUCGUGAAGAGAUCUGUUCUCCUCAUGAUGCAAGUUGCCAUCCACAUUUAUCCCCCAUUGCUGGCUACAUACCAGACAUUGAUGAUAAAGCUGAAAUUUUGCUACUGAUAGGUAGAGAUCUUGUAGAAGCACAUCAUGUAAAUGAUCAAGUCUUAGGUCCCCCUGGAGCGCCUUUUGCUCAGAAGCUAGGGCUAGGAUGGGUAGUGAUUGGUGAGGUAUGUAUUGGUAAAGUCCAUGCUCGGGAUCAAGUAAAUGUCAACAAAACUCAGAUUUUGAACAAUGGUCGCCCGUCAUUGUUUCAGCCAUGUAGUAAUAGAUUUGUUUUAGAUGAAAGAGUUUGUAGCUUGUAUGACCCUGUAUUUGUUCAAGAGCCGAAUGAUGAUAAGUCUUCCUUUUCUGUAGAGGACAGAGAAUUUUUGAGUAUCAUGGAUAAUGGUUUUAAGAAAACCACUAGUGGUAAGUGGGCUGCUCCACUCCCUUUCAAGACCCCUAGGCAGAGGUUACCCAAUAACAAAUCUGAAGCUCUUAGACGAGCUAAGUUUUUUCAUACUAGCUUGCAGAAGAAUCCUGAAAAGAAGGAACAUAUGACAGAGUUCAUGGGCAAAAUACUGUUAAACGGUCAUGCUGAAGUUGCACCAGAUUUACUAGAUGGGGAGGAAUGUUGGUAUUUACCAAUAUUUGGUGUUUAUAAUUCAAAAAAGCCUGGUAAGAUCAGAGGGGUUUUUGACUCGUCAGCUGCAUAUCAGGGAGUAUCUUUGAAUUCAGUGUUGUUAACAGGUCCAGACCUUACUAACAACUUAUUAGGCGUUUUGAUGAGGUUCAGGAGAGAACUUGUAGCAGUUGCUGCAGACAUCGAACAAAUGUUUUAUUGUUUUGAGGUUAAUAAGGAACACCGAAACUUUUUGCGGUUCCUUUGGUAUCAAGACAACGAUACAGAGAAACCUUUGAUAGAAUAUCGCAUGUGUAGGCACGUUUUUGGUAAUAGCCCCUCUCCUGCUAUUGCCACAUAUGGUCUUCGCAAAUCAGUAGAGAACAGCGAGGAAGAUGUUAAAGACUUUGUUUACAAUGACUUUUAUGUAGAUGACGGUCUAAUGUCCCGGUCCUGUCCAGAAGAAGCAGUAGACUUAAUGAAACGGUCUCAGGUAGCUCUUAGGCAUAGUUCAUUGCGUCUACAUAAGGUAGCAUCUAAUGAUGUAGAGGUAAUGAAAUGCUUUCCAGUUGAUGAUCUUGCUAAAGAUUUGAGAAGUUUGAACUUUGAGAAAAAUUUACCUAUGCAGCGUAGCCUGGGCCUUGAGUGGGAUUUGAACUCUGAUUCGUUUGUUUUUGUGGUUGAAACACCACACAAAACUCCUACGAGAAGGAACGUCUUGUCUACGGUUAAUUCAGUGUUUGACCCUAUAGGUUUUCUAGCUCCUUUCACCAUAGUGGGGAAACUUAUACUCAGAGAUAUAGUGACCGAACAUAGUGACUGGGACAAACCAUUGUCCACAGCUUUAGAGGCAAAAUGCCUUCACUGGAAGAAUUUACUCCAUCCUUUGAGUAGCUUGCAAAUACCUCGAAGUUACUUUUCAGUAUCACUCAGAGUUAUCACUGAUUUAGAAUUGCAUGUAUUCUGUGAUGCAUCAGAACAGGCAAUAUCAGCAGUAGCAUAUUUGGUAGGACAUACAAAUGACUGGACCUCCCAUGUAGCUUUUGUUAUGGGAAAGUCAAAAGUCGCUCCGACUAAAGGUCAUACCAUCCCUCGUUUAGAGCUCUGUGGAGCCGUUCUUGCUGUAGAUAUUGCUCAAACAAUAGUUGAUCAGUUGAGAUUAGAAUUAAGUCUGAUUAAGUACUAUACAGACAGUAGGAUCGUUUUAGGUUACAUUCACAAUCAAACUAGGCGUUUUUUCACUUAUGUUAGCAAUCGUAUACAAAAGAUUAGACGUGUUAGUGAACCAAAGCAAUGGAAUUACAUUUCGUCUAAUGUUAACCCUGCAGAUAUUGGAAGCAGAGGUGCUUCUCCUGAUGAGUUGCAACGUAGUUCAUGGUUUUUAGGUCCAACUUUCCUACGUAAUCAGUCUGAGUCAAUUCCAGAGUUCUUUCCGAUUGUUGACCCAGAUCAGGAUAAAGAAGUCCGUUGUAAUGUGUCAGUCAAUGUUGCUAGUAUUGAAGUUUCAGAACACCUUGGAAGCAGUAGGUUUGAAAAGUUUUCAUCAUGGUCUAAACUUGUUGCAGCUCUUUCUACCUUGAGACAUGUUGCUUGUUCUUACUGCAGUGAGUCACAGUGCAAAGGUUGGCACAGAUGUCCACUUUCUAAGAGUCCAGACUUUCAGUUGCAAACUGAAUGUCUCAUUUUUAAGGUUAUUCAAGGUGAAGUUUACAAGAACGAGGUCAUUUGCUUGAAAGGUCAUCGCAAUAUUGAAAGGGAUUCUUCUAUCUUAGCCCUUGACCCAUAUCUUGAUGAGCAUUGUGUUCUUAGAGUAGGUGGUCGCUUAAGUAGAAGUAGUCUUGAGUCUAGUCAGAAACAUCCAGUAAUUGUGCCAGGAAAACACUAUGUAGCCAAACUUCUAGUCAAUCAUUUUCACACCCUUGUGCAGCAUCAAGGUCGACAAUUGACUGAAGGUGCAGUACGAGACGCAGGUUUCUGGAUAACGGGUGGAAAACGUUUAGUUUCUUCUCAGAUUUACAACUGCAUAACAUGUAAGAAACUAAGAGGCCGGUUCUUAGAACAGAAAAUGUCAGAUUUACCGGUUGAUAGAGUUAAACAGGCAGCCCCUUUUUCUUAUGUAGGUGUCGAUGUUUUUGGGCCCUGGUCAGUGGUGUGUAGACGUACACGUGGAGGUCAAGCUUCAUCUAAAAGAUGGGCGGUGUUGUUUACUUGUCUCACAAUAAGAGCAAUUCAUAUCGAGGUUAUUGACGAAAUGUCAUCCUCCGCUUUCAUAAAUGCUCUCCGUAGAUUUAUAUCUAUCCGUGGCAAAGUAAAACAGUUCCGUUCAGACCGCGGAACAAAUUUUGUUGGCGCCACAGACCACCUUAACAUUGAUGCGGUUAAUGUAGAAGAUGAGAAAACUCGAGCUUUUUUAUAUAAACAGGGUUGUGUAUGGGUAUUUAAUGCUCCUCAUAGCUCUCAUAUGGGUGGUUCCUGGGAAAGGAUGAUUGGUAUAGCACGUAGGAUUUUAGAAUCUAUGUUAGCUCCUGUCAAAACUCUUACACACGAUGUUCUAGUGACCUUCAUGGCUGAAGUUAGUGCCAUCGUUAAUAGUCGGCCUAUUGUCUCAGUAUCGAAUGACCCUGAUAAGCCUGAAAUACUGAGUCCUUCUACAUUACUUACCUCUAAGAUUGACUGUGACAUUAGUAGUUACGGUAAUUUAGACAUUAAGGCUUUAUACAGAGAACAGUGGAAACGUGUUCAAUACCUGGCUGAACAAUUUUGGCUUAGAUGGAGGCGAGAGUAUUUGAAUUCCUUGCAAAAACGUCAAAAAUGGAACUAUGAGAAAGUUCCUAUAGAAGUAGGUGACAUAGUGUUACUUAAGGACAGUGACAGUAGUAGAAACUGUUGGCCUAUGGGAAAGGUAUCUAAAAUUUUCCCAAGUGUAGAUAAUAGAGUUCGCAAAGUUGAAGUCAUAGUGCAUAGGGAUGGCAAGUUAACAUCCUUUACUAGACCCAUUGUUGAACUAGUACUUCUUGUUAAAGCAGAACACUAA